CGGACAGCACGGGCGGUGAGUCGGGCCCGUGGGUCCCGCUGUGGCGGCUCCGGCCCCGCUCUCCCCGCACCUGCGGGCUGCGUGUCGGUGCUCGGUGAAGGGGUCUGGGCGGUGGGGGCUUGAGGUACCCCAGUGCCCGGUGUAGGGUUCGUUCAGUCGAGUCCUGGGGCCCUCUGAGGUUCCCGCUGGCUUUGCGGGAUCCGCGCCUCUCCCCGGUGACCGGUGGGGAGCACGGUCGGUUCGCCCCGGUAAGGGGCUGAGCUGUGCCAAGCCCCAGCGCUCGGCGAGGGCCCGGUCUGGGAGCUCUGGUCGGACUCAGCAUCUGAUGGGGAGCCCGGAUUGGAGGUCUUUAACGAGCCCAGGAGGGGGACCCGGGAGGCUGUGCCCCGGAACCCACUCAGGGGUCCCGGUGUGCUGGGCUGUGUGAGCCCCGCUGUCCGGGGAGGGUCCCGGUCUGGGGGUUCUGACCCACCCCAGUACCCGCUGAGGAGCCCCGGUACCCAGUGAGGGAUUCGGAUCCACCGGGUUCUGUGAGCGGUGGUUGAGUCCCGGAUCCUCGCUAAAGCAGCCCAGUCUGAGAGGCCCUGACGAGCCUGGUGGGGUUCGAGCUUUGCAGCCACCCACCCCGUGACAGCUCCCCGUGCCCACCCCGCCAUGCCGGCACAGGGCCCCUCGAGGUCCCGCCGGCCGCUGCUGGCCCUGCUGGUGGCCCUGGGCUGGCUGCUGGCCCUGCAGCUGCUGCUGGACCUGCGGGCGCUGGGGCUGCUGUGCGGGGCGCUGGCCGUGCUGGGGGCCUGGCUGGGCCCCCCGGCCCUGAGCCCCCGCGGCCGCCGGCUGCGGCUGGAGCGCUUCGUGAGCUCCCUGCGGGCCCCGGCCGGCGGCCCUGCGGACGAGGGCCGGCUGGAGGAGGAGAUCGCCAGCACCGUCCGUAAAGUGGUGCGCGAUUUCGUGGCCUCCUGGUACCGCACGGUGAGCCGAGAGCCGGCCUUCGAGGCCGAGGUGGAGAGGGCCAUGCUGGGGCUGGCCGAGGAGCUGAGGCGGCGGAUGAGGCGGGUGGACCGGCGAGCCCUGGCCCGCCGCCUGCUCCUGCUGUGCGGGCAGCACCUCCAGAGCUUCCUGCGGGCGCGGGAUGCCCUGAGCGCCGACCCCGAGGGCGGCCGGACGCUGUGGAGGGAGUACAGCCGGCUGGCAGGGCCGCACCCCGCUCUGCUGAGCUCCGCGGCCGAGGUGGGCUGUGCCCGGGCCGCGGUGGACGCGCUGCUGCGAGCGCUGGUGCCCUGGCCGCACCUGGAGACGCGGACGGGACGUUUUGUCGUGGUGGAGCUGGUGGCCUGCAACGUGCUGCUGCCGGCCAUCAGGAAGAUGUCCGAUCCCGACUGGAUCAACCUGCUGCUCAUCGGGGCGUUUUCCAAGAAGCCCCGGGCUGGGAAGCCCCAGCCUGCAGCCCCAGUGCCGGAUUCCUUGCCUUUCCCGGUGCAGACGGACACAGUUCCCGCCAGGUUACCCCCGUCCCCGAGGGCUGCUGAGGGGCUCAGGAGAGAGGCAGGGGCUGCUGGAGAGGAGGGAGAGGAGGUGAGCAGGUCCUGUCAUGCAGAGGAACCCUUCCUGCGCCCCCAAGCCCUGGGAUCCCUCUUCCCCUGUGAGGUUUUGGAGCUGGAAUCCCCCGCGCCUGACGUUGGGCAGGACGUGGAGCUGCUGGCUCCUUCCCCUGCUGGAGAGCUCCUUGAGGAGCACCCCCAGGACCCCUCUGUGCCAGAGGGAGCACCUGCCUCAGAGGAUGGCACAGGGGACAUGGACCAGGGCCCUGGCCACAGCUCGGAUGCUGGACUGCUUCCUACCCCUGCUUUGAGCUCCUGCCCUGACAUCCAGAUCGAGCCAGCGGUUGAGAAGGAGGAGGAAAGCCCAGCUGUCUCCAGGAGGUUCUCCUCACAAAGACCCUCCAGCCUGGGGAGAGAUCUGGGGGCAGCAGAGGGCCCGGCGCCGUUUCCCCCAGAGCCCGGGCAGAGCCUGCCCCUGCUGUCAUCCUCCCCGACAGCUCCCACGAGCACGUUCAGCUUCGAGCCCCUGAGCAGCCCCGACGGGCCCGUGGUCAUCCAGAACCUGCGGAUAACCGGCACCAUCACUGCCCGGGAGCACAGCGGGACCGGCUUCCACCCCUACACCCUGUACACCGUCAAGUAUGAGACAGCCCUGGAGGGCGAGGCCACGGGCAGCCUGCAGCAGGUGGCUUACCACACCGUGAACCGCCGCUACCGCGAGUUCCUCAACCUCCAGACCAGGCUGGAGGAGAAGCCGGAGCUCCGCAAGUUCCUGAAAAACAUCAAAGGCCCAAAGAAACUGUUCCCUGAUCUGCCAUUUGGAAACAUGGACAGCGAUAAAGUGGAAGCCAGGAAAAGUCUGCUGGAAUCUUUCCUGAAGCAACUCUGUGCAGUCCCUGAGAUUGCAAACAGCGAGGAGGUGCAGGAAUUCCUGGCCCUCAACACCGACGCCAGGAUCGCCUUUGUCAAGAAGCCCUUCGUUGUCUCCAGGAUAGACAAGAUCGUUGUCAAUGCCAUUGUGGACACCUUGAAGACGGCGUUCCCCAGGUCAGAGCCCCAGAGCCCCACGGAGGAUCUGAGCGAAUCGGAGGUGGAUGGGAAACCCCAGACAGACGGGAAGAAAGCCACCAAGUCCAGGCUGAGGUUCUCAUCCAGUAAAAUCACUCCAGUGCUGAGUGUGAGUGAAGCUCACGACCGGAUCGUGUACUCCAUCAGGGAGAGCAGUGCUGUCUCUGGCAGCCUGUCACUGGCUGCUAUGGAAUCCUUCAUCCAGAAGCAGGAGAAGCUGCUGGAAGCAUUCCCCAGCAAAGCUCCUGAAGGCCAGGGAGGCAGAGAAGACAAGGAGAUCUCUGUGCAGGAAGAAAUGGAUGGGCUGAGCUCACCGGAGCAGGGAGCACAUCCGGAAUCUGACUCGGAGACAGCUUUGGCUGACCUGGCGCUAGACGUGCUUCGUCUGGUGCUGGUGGAUCACUGGAGCUGGCUGUGCACAGAGAACAUCCAGAGGAUCUUCAACCUGCUCUUUGGGACCCUCGUUCAAAGGUGGCUGGAAGUGCAGGUGGUUACCCUGACCUGUACCCAGCGUUGGGUCCAGUACCUCCAGUUGCUCCAGGAAUCCAUCUGGCCUGGAGGAGUUUUACCAGCAGUGCCUAAGCCCCCCAGGACAGAGGAGCAGAAGAAGGCAACAGCAGAGCAGGCCCUGCAGAGCCUGAUGGGGAUCUUGCCCAAUAUGAUCCAAGGAAUCCUUGGGACCAGUAAGUGUCAGAUGAGCUGGAGCCUGGUGCUGGAGUCGCUGAGCCAGCCUGUGAUCAACAGGCACCUGGUGUUCUGCCUCCUGGACAUUCUGCUGGAGUUCUUGGUUCUGAAGGACUGCAGCAAGGAGCCUGAGGCUGCAGCUGCCACACCGUGUGCCUGCAGUGGCCAGGACAAAGGGGUCCCAGCACAUUAACCAGGGCUGGUGCCCCAGCAGUGGAGGAGAAAAGCAGCCACAGGCACGGAGGGAUUGGAUUUUCAACCUUUACUGAAUGUGUCUGGGAGCUUCUUGUAAGGAAUUUCUCCAGCCAGCGCUAAAUGGAGCUGCUUCCAGGCUUCUCUGUCCCAGCUGGGUGAUGGAUCAAACCCAGUGUGAGGGGCUGAAGGUGCUGUGCAGCAUCUGUUCCACUGCUGACCUGGUGGGGAGCCUGGAAUGGACCAGCCUCACCAGCUGGAGAAGGAACCACAAACCCCGUGGUCUUGCCUCACCCUUCUGAACAUCUCCAACAUCCGCAGGCAGAGAACGCAGGAGAUUUCCUUUUGUGGCUUCAGGGUGCCCCUGGCACUGCACUGGGAGAGUUGGUGUGAUGGGAUGCUGCUGAUAUUUGUGCAGGACAGGUGAAGGGAGGUGCCCCUGCUGGCUGAGCAGCCUGCCCUGUGCCCGCUCUGCCCCAUCUGGGUCACCAGAAGGAAGAUGGGGAAAGGAUGGAGUGUGGAGAUGUCCUGCAGUUCAGCAUCCAGGUGCCCAAAUACCUGGGAGGGGAGAGCAGGGGUCCAAGGUGCUGCCCUGCGUCAGGGACAAAGAUCAGCUGCUACUCCCUGCCACUGCUCUGGUUCUCCAUCACACAGCAGGGUGCAGGCUGUGAUCCUGGGAAAGAGACUCCCCUCAGGCUGGGGAGGAGUGGUAGCUUGGCUGGACUUUAGGAUUUGCUUAUAUUCUGCUUUCUGAGUCACCUUUUAGUCCCUGGGACAGUCACAGGACAAAAGGAGCUGAGCCACAUGGGACACAGCGAGUAAAUCAGCUCCCACACAAACGUGGCUGUCACGGGAAGCUCUGGAAGAGGAGUGAGUACCUUGAGCCCAGGGGAAUCCUGGAUGUGUGUCAUGGACAGCCAGUGGGUGAGAGCCCAGCAAAGGGCCUGUCUGCACUGCCUGAGCUCUGCUGUGCAUGGCUGUGUCACUGGGCUUUGCUUUGCUGUGCCUGCUGCUGCUGCAGCUCUGUGCAGAGCUCUGGAAAAACUGCUCAGGUCAUGGAACAUGGUUUUGGAGCUGCUUCUCCAGCUUGUUCAAGACUUGAGUGGUUUUGUGAGUGUUCAGUGUUGCUCAGCAAUCAGGUUCCUGGGAGUACAAAGGACCCAGAACAUGCACCAAGAGACAGUUUGGUGACCUGCUUUGGUGUAUUUUCUGGGAGAAAUACAGAAUACAGGAAUAGAGACUGACCGGUGCUGGGCUUGGCUGCUGAAGGUGUUCCUGCAGCUCAAAGGAGCCUCCACACAUGCAGGAUCACCUGCAGUGUCUGAACUGUGUUACCAGAUGGGAGAUGGUUUCAUCUCGCAGAACUCUGGAAUACCAGGCUGGAAGAGAAUGCCUGCAGUUUCUUGGAGCAGGAUGCUCCAUGGCGUGUUUGGAGAGAAGGCAGUGUAACUCCAACAGGCUCAUUCUGCUCCUCCCAAAGGAGCUGCUUCGUAGUGGGUACACAACAGUGUGAGCUGCUCUGUGCUUCUGUUGUGGGAAAAUGCAGGGGGGGGUCAUUUUGCUGCAAGCAAAUAGAUUUUUAGGGAGCUCUAAAGACAUCCCAAGACUGGGCAGAAUCCAAUGUCAUGAAGCAAAUCAAUCCUGCAUCACUGUUGGAGCCAGUUCUCAGCAGAGAGGCUUUGGAGGUGGUGCAUUGGCCACCUGCUUGGAGAGGAAGGGAGGUUUGUGUUCUGUGGUUUAAGAGGAGAUGAGGUGGAGAAUGCUUUGGGAUAAUCCCAAAUGGCCAAGCAGCAGUUUGGAAAGCAGGACUCCGCUACAUCCUUAAAUAUCUGCUUGUAGCAGCUCCUUCACCUUGUCUUUCAGGGCCAGGCUCCUGUUUCCCUCCUUUUUCCUCCUGCUCCUACCACCCCAGCUGGCAGGAGGGGGACACGGCGCCAUCAGCCAGAGGUGAUGCAGCACAGCCCCGUUGUGCUUGGUGGCUUCCCAGAUGUUCCUGCUGUUCUCGUUUGCUGCUGCUUCCUGAUUAAUUGUGAGGCUUUGGAGCUGCAGGACUGUGGUCUGUCAUUGAUUAGGGAUAAUAUUAAGAAGGCUGAAGAGGAUGAUGGAGUGCAAAUUAUCCACUGCCAGCUCCAGGUUAGGGCAGAACUCUAAGACAGUCUAAGACAGUCUCUACACACACUGGAAGGAUGAGCUGACACUUCUCCUUCGCCAGAAAGCCCAAAUUCUCCCUGCUUUUAACCCCCAUCUCUGAAAUUGUGCAAAUGACUGAACACUCAGUCCUCCAGCUGGAAAUAACUAGUGAUUUCUGCCAGUUUGGGAGCUGGUGCUUUGCUGGGCUGGUGCAGCAGUGAUUUGGGCUUGUCCCAGCAGCAUUGCCCCCCUGUGUGUUAAGAUACAGAGAUCAGGGACAGAGAGAGCGAAAGGAGAUUUACUUUUGUGCCCUCUCAAGGCAGUGUGGGAGUUGGGAACAGACCUAAGGCGUUUGAAUUGUGAAAUGGUUGUUUUGACUCCAGAAGCCCCUUUCUGGUCUCAGAUAUGAGGGGUUUGAGCCCUUUCUCAUGCUCUCACUGGCUGGGCUUCAAAUUCCCACUCUCUUCUUGGGAGAUCAGCCUUGGAGCUGAGGUGAAGUGCCCAGGAGCAAACAGCCCCUCUCUGCAUCGUGUUGUUAAGGAGUAAAACAAAUCCAAUAAAAAGCUCAGCUUUUCUUCUACUGUGAGUUCCUCUCCUCACUGUGAUCUUGGGAUUAAAUCGAGCACAAUGGUGGCAGAUACAAACGUCUCCAUUCAGGUGGGCUGAAAGUUUAUUUCCGUUGGACUAAGACUAGAAAAACUGCUUUGGUAAAACAAACAAAGCCGACAAAAAAACUCCAGCUCGCUCAGUGUGUCAUAUUCCCAGCAAACUCCUUUUUUUUUUCCUGCAGGAAUUUGUAGAAGGAAUUUGCAGAAGGCUCCAGCCACCUCUCUAAAGGGCGGGAGGUGAGAGCAGCCAGCUUUGAUCUCAGUAAAGAGCUGCAGCCUUGUGUCACGUCAGGUAAAGGGCAGUGCCUGCCUCGGGUGGGUGCUCAGCUCUCCCUCUCCAGGUGCUUCUGGCUGGGUGUGAUCUGCCUCCAGCCCAGCACUCGCUGAUUUUGUCAAGUGUUUCCCUUCCCACAGCUGACUGGAAGCUUCCUGGAAGCAGGGAUUGCUGCUGUGUGUGAGCGCAGUGGUGUAGAGCUGCAGGGCACCGCUCUAAGCUAAAUAACUGUUUAACUGUGUUUUUAGGGGAAAAAAUCCCACCAUGCACUGACUCCCUGUUCUGUUUCCUGUGCUCAACCCUCUGUAUCAGCUCUUCGUGGUGCUGUUGGAGUCCGUGUGGAACUGUGCUGUCUGGAAAACCGGUUUCACUGUUAACUGGAGAGCAAACCUUCAUUCCCAUGUGCUUGUGUGCAAUAACACUUUAUCUCAAACCU